UCUCUACUGGUCCUUGUCUUUCAAAACUCAGAAACAUCGAGUUUGGCUGUCCUACCCUUUGAUGAAGAAAUGGGAGGUGUUAGCUUUGAAAUUAGUAGAAAUUCAGCUUUUGCUAUGCAUUGCUAUGGAAAUUCGUUUUCUUCCGGGGUUACGGUAUCUUGGAGACCCUUUCUUGGUACGUCUUUGGACACUAGAACUGCAAGGAAAUAUCAAGUUUUUCAUGCUCAAAAGCUCAAUUAUGGACCAGCUUGUGCUUCGUCGAAGAGUGUCUUCAACGCUGGGUUGAUUAGUGAUGGUCUGGUUUCAAGUGAAUUAGAGUUUAAGCCAUCAUUCGAUGAUUAUUUGAAGGAAAUGGAUUCUGCCAGAGCGGACAAGGAAAAAUUGUCCUCCAGAAAUGUUAGGGUAAAGAAGCAUGCUGCCAAUACUGAAAACCAAAAGAGGGAAAAGGUUAUGUCGAGGAAACCAAGGUUGGAAGGAGUUGAAAAAAGUACAAAACUUGAAAAGCUGGGAGGACAUGUGGAUAAAACAAAUGAGUUAGGAUUUGCUGAAAAAAAUGGGGCAUUGCAAGUAGUUGAAACAGUCCUGGGAAAAGAAAGCUCCUCCGUAGGUCAUAUUAAGCUCAGACCACGAGGGGCUAAAAGACGUGAACCUGAGUAUGACGGGGAAGAAAGCAAGCUUGAUAGUGCUGUGAAGCAGAAAAAGGAGGCAGAGGUAAUAGAAGACAGGUGGUUGGAAUGCCGGAUUAAUAGAUCAAAACCAGAUUCUGAUGGCAGUUUGUUUAAAAGGGAACGUAGAAGGACAGGCAAUAGCAAAGCUUCACUUAAUCGGAACAGCAACUGUGGCAACACCAUAGAGGUGGAAGUCGGCCACGAAGUACAAUCUUUAAAGAUGGUAGGAGAAAAGGAUGUUACAACCCGCCAAAUAUGCUGCAACUCAAAAGGGAAAAUGCCUAUGAUAAACAAAACUGUUGUUAGCAACAACGGCAUUCACAAUGGACGUGAGAAAAUCUGCACAAAAAAUGAGAACGUGGGGAAAGAAAAUGGGUGGGAAAAUCUCAACUUGAAUGGAAGCAUUAGAUGUUAUGGUUAUGACAACUUGGAGGUGGAAAGAGCAGCAUUUAAGACUUUUGAAGAGUUGAAUGGUGUUGUCAACAAGCCACAGGUUUCGCACAAGGAAACGGAGGAUAGAAUCCAAAGGCUAGCAAAUUCGUUGAAUGGUGCUGAUAUAAAUAUGCCUGAAUGGAUCUUUUCUAAGAUGAUGAGAAGUGCAAAGAUAAAAUUUAAUGAUUAUUCUAUUGUGAGGGUUAUCCAAAGAUUGGGAAAACUAGGAAACUGGCAGCGGGUGAUACAGGUCAUUGAAUGGCUUCAAAGGCGUGAGCGUUUCAAAUCCCACAAGCUAAGGCAUAUAUACACUGCUGCUCUUGAUGCACUUGGAAAGGCAAGGAGACCCAUAGAGGCACUAAAUGUAUUUCACGCGAUGCUGCAACAAUUGUCCACAUACCCUGAUUUGGUAGCUUACCGUAGUAUUGCUGUCACUCUUGGACAAGCAGGGCACAUGAAGGAACUCUUUGAUGUGAUUGACAUCAUGCGGUUGCCACCUAAGAAGAAGUUCAAAGUAGGGGCACUUGGGAACUGGGACCCUAGGCUGGAACCAGAUGUCGUAGUUUAUAAUGCCGUCCUCAACGCUUGUGUUCAGCAGAAACAGUGGGAAGGGGCUUUCUGGGUUUUACAGCAGUUAAAGAAGCAACGUCAACAACCUUCUACUACAACUUCUGGCCUUGUCAUGGAGGUGAUGUUUACAUGUGGCAAGUACGAUCUAGUUCAUGAAUUUUUCAUGAAAGUUCAGAAGUUUUCUAUUCCCAAUGCAUUGACAUAUAGAGUGCAAGAUAUGGAAAGACGAGGAGUUGUAGGUUCUGCUUCUCUUUAUUAUGACCUUGCUCGAUGUCUUUGUGCAGCUGGAAGGUGUGGUGAGGCACUGAUGCAGGUUUUAGGUAUGGGCUUCCAAAAUUUUCCAAUUGGCAAAGGUUGUCCAAAAGCCAUAGAUGCUCUGAAAUAUUGGGACGAUGAUAAAGUGAAUGCAAGAGAAGUAAAGAGGCUAUACGAAAAAGCAUUGUUGUUUGUCUCUAACAUUGGAGAGGAACUAAUGAGCUUGCAAUUAAUGCUACUUGGACAAGGGUCAAGGGAGGAUGAAGGUGAAAAAUCACAAGAGGAGGAAGAUGAUGAUGAAGGGAUAGAUUCUGAGAGAAAGAAUGAAGAUGACAAAACAGAAGAGGAAGGAGAUAAAGAACUUAUUGAUGAGGGGACAACUUUUGAGGGAAAAAAUGAAGAUGACAAAUUUGAAGAGGAAGAACAUAACGAAGAAGGAGCUAAACGAAAAGAAAAGGGCGACAAUGACAAUUCAGAAGAGGAAGAGGAUAAGGAGGAAGUUGUAGGAGGGAAAGAUUCUGAUGAGGAUGAGGGAGGGAAAGGAGAAGAACAAUCAAGUAAACAUCUUAGAAGAUCAAAAAGAGAUAAAAGACCUGCUGUGAAAUCUCCAUGGGUCAGAACUAAUGUUAGAAAGAAGAGAAAAAUGGAUGACAAGGAGCGAUUAUUUGAAAUAUGCACAACACCAUGUGAGGAAGAUGAGGGAGACAAGAUCAUUAUAGAUUUGUAUGGCUACUACUUGACUCAUGUAGAGCUACAAUGUUUUGGUGGAAAAAGAUGGAUUAGUGACAGGGUGAUGUCAAUGGUUGCCCAAACUUUGGCAGUUGAUGACAACAAGGGAGAAAUCUUUCCUGAGUUUGUUAGAUAUAACAUUGCUGAUUAUGAAUUCAUUUUUAGCCCAACUCUUUUCCAUAGUCACUGGUUUUACUUUGUCUUCGAGAUAAAGACCAUGAACUUCUAUAGGAAUUGCUUUUACUCUCUACUUUGUGCAAUUGAGCCACAAUUGUUUGAGGAUGACGUUAGCACAGACAUUAUAUGGGCUAAAGUUCAUGUGCAAAUUGAUACGUACAAGAAGCUGUUGACUACAUGGCGUUAG